AUGGCAUCAGAUCAAUACGCCGAACUAUGUGACCACAUUUAUGCGCAGAUCAUGGGAAAGCUGGAGAAUUGCUACAAAGACGGGACUCGAGUUGCUCGGUUUGCUCCGAUCGGAACCGCCGAAGAGGUGCUGAACCCAGACAUUCUAUACUCUUUCUUUCGCAGUCUUCAGUUGCCUCAAAUCGAAACAAAAGACCUCAACCUUGGACUGGAUAAUUUGGUCAAGAGGAUGAAGGAAAGGGGGCUUUACACCUUUCUGGCCAUUCUUAUCUUCACCUCGUGUACAAUAGAGGCCGCUCGAACAUUCACCCUGAAGCUGUUAGCUCCUAAGGAGAGGUCCAAAGAUUUUGGCGCCCUGCCAGCAGAGCGCGAAGCCCUUACAUCGAUUUUUGGGGAUCCAGUCACGCCAGACAAAUUCUGUCAGCGCAGGCAUGCUUUUGUCCAGUUCAAAGAAAAGGACCGGAUUGAGAGCUUGGAGCGCGAAUGUCUUCCAUAUUUGGAGCAGGAGCUUCGGGGAGAAGGAGCGUUUGGCACGGUGUAUCGAGUGAAGAUCGCCAAGGGCCACUUCUACACUCGUAAGCUGGGAUCAGCAAAUUCGAACCCUGUUGAUAUCGCGCGCAAAGACUUCCGAUCCAAUGAAGACAUUGAGCUCGAGGUCAUGCAGCAGAUUUUAUCUUGUAAGCAGACCUGUGCGAACAUUGUCGAAAUUUAUGGGAGCCUUGAAAUCGGCUCGACCGGAUACAGCAUUUUCAUGCCCCUCGCCAUUUCGGAUCUCAGGGCUCACAUGAAAAACGAUACACGGCCAAGACCAAGUGCGACUGAAAGAACAGAUAUGAUUCUCGCUGCUGCAGGGGUCGCCGGGGGCUUGAAAUUCCUCCAUAAGGGCAUGGAUAUGCCUCGGGGUGGAAAGCUAGUCUGUUACCAUAUGGACCUAAAACCAGAUAACAUUUUGAUUUUUCUAGACAAGGUUGAUUCUCAUGGGAAGCCACACUAUAUCUGGAAGAUUAGUGAUUUCGGCAUGUCUCGUGUCAGGUACCAGGAUGAUAAUGAGGUCGAAAGGCGCGAGAGAACCCUCACAAGUUGGUUUCUUGAGAGACCCGUGGUCCCAUCUCUCGCUGGGACCUAUAACAGGCGACUAGUGGGUACAUACCUGGCACCUGAAUCUCUUCUCCCAAGCAGAAGUAUGAAGGCUGCCAGCGACGUCUGGUCCCUGGGCUGUAUCACCAGUGUUCUAUUUACAUACUUGGCGGAGGGCAGAACUGGAGUGUCCACGUAUCAAGACAGGAGGACCCAACAUCACAACGCAAAUAGCUAUGAUCGUUUUUUUGUCGCAAACACAGCCUUCGGACGUCCAAAGGUUCAUCCAGAGAUCAAACUAUGGCAUGACCUUUUAAUCAAGAAAGCGAACCAGCAAAGCCCAGAAGAGGGACAAGCUUUGAGGUCAAUAUUGAAUUAUCUCGAGCGAAAUGUUCUUCUUCUGGAUCAGCAAAACCGAUGUCCUGCGGAAGACUUGGAAAAGCAACUGAACAAAACCCAUCGAGCAUACAGCGAGUUGGAUAACACACCGAGGGAGCGUCCAAGCGCUGAACAACACGACUUUCGCACACUGCUACAGAACAUACGCAUAAGUGCGCCAAUGGGCAAUAAGAAAAAGGCUGCUUCCAAGCGGGCUGACAUGUGGUUCUUCAACCCUAAGGAAGCGUUCAAAGACUGUGAAAUCUCUCCGGAUGGGUCUAUUAUCGCAUUUUGGACUGAUUUCAAGAUUUCGCUCUACACCCAGUCCUUUAGGCGCACAGAGGAUGACGAACUACAUCCGGUUGCAGAGUUUUCUUUAAAUACGACUGGCGAACCUCGGCGUUUUUGGAAAAGCAUUAGCUUGACAAGUAGUUAUUUGAUAGCUUCCUUGUCGGGAAAUAAUUUCCAGUGCUUUGUUUUUGAUCUCCGACGUGAUCGACGAACGAAUAAAAAGCCGACUAUCAAUCUCAACCAUUAUCGCCCCGUUUCGAUUCCGCUACCUGAAAUAAAAGAGGUGGCUAUUUCGCCUGGAGGUAAGACGAUGGCAUGCAUUGUGCGUGACAAAGAUAAAGACGACAACCCAGGCUCAUUAUACAUUGGCACUGUCAAAUCCCCACACGAGUGGAAACUAGGAAGGAAACUGAAGUGGCCAGCGUCGGACGUUAUUCAACUUUCAUUCUCAGGGGAGAAUGAUAUCUACAUUGUCUUCCGGCCACAACGCACCAUCCAGACCCAUAAACAUGAGAUUCCCGUCCUUCAUGCAUGCCUCGCGACGAAGCACAUGUAUCCUCUAGUUAUUGAGCCGCGAGGCAUUGAAAGUAGCAGUACUGUUGGCCUUUUUACUACACUUGCCCCGUUCUCUCAACGUCCUGAAAUCUGCGCGAUUGUCACUCGGGAGAAACAGCUGCAUAUCCAGAGUCUCACGGAGCCGGACAAAGCUACCCCUACCAUCCAGACGAGUAUCAAAAAUUAUCGGGUGAUCAAGUUGAUUACGGGACAGAUUGAUGAGGUCAUGUUUGCAGUGGGGAGACAAGUGGGAGUUCAUAAGAUGCUUUUGCUCGAGGUCACUAUGCCACAGGAAGAAGCUACCGAUAUUUCUGUGAAGGAAAUUGCCACGCUCCCGAACCUUUCUCAUCAUAGCGAGUUCACUGCGAGGAUUGUCUUUGAUCACGAUGGAAGCCACCUCCUUCUUGCCGCUCUUCUUGAUGCCAAUGAAUGUGGUAUAUACAAAGUCCGUCUGAGUGGGCCCAGCUCAGGCUGA